AUGUUAGAUAUUGCUGGAAAUAACGUUAUCUUUGAAAUUUUAACUGAUAAAAAAAUUGCUGUUUACAAUGGUGAAGUUGAUAAUCUUAAGAUUGCACAAAAAAUUGCUACUUCAAAAAAUACUAAGAAUGAUGAUAAUCCAUUUAUUGUUAUGAAUUUAGAUACUAUCAUUAGAAAGUAUAAUGAAUUUAGACAAUUACUUCCAAGAGUCAAACCAUUUUAUGCUGUAAAAUGUAAUAAUGAUCCUAUUUUAUUAAAAAUACUAUCACUUCUUGGAACUGGGUUUGAUUGUGCUAGUAAAGGAGAAAUAGAAGAUAUUAUUAAGGGUGAUUUGGCUACCAAUAAUAAUAUAAUUUAUGCAAAUCCUUGUAAAACAAAAAAUUUCAUCAUUCAUGCACGUAAUUCUGGUAUUAAAAUGAUGACUUUUGAUCAUGAAGAGGAAUUACUUAAGAUUGCUUCUGUUUACAUGGAUGCUGAAUUAGUUAUUAGGAUUGCUGUUAGUGAUCCAACAGCUCAAUGUCCUUUAAAUUUGAAGUUUGGAUGUGAUCCAGUUAAGGAAGCUCCUCACCUUAUUGAGAAAGCAUAUGCUUUAGGUGUAAAAGUUAUUGGUGUUUCAUUCCAUGUUGGUAGUGGUUGUAAUGAUCCAACUGCUUUUAAAUUAGCUAUUCAAUAUGCUAGAGAUUUAUUUGAUUAUGGUGAAAAAGUUGGUCAUAAAAUGACUUUACUUGAUAUUGGUGGUGGUUUUCCAGGUCAUGAUAGAGCUAAGACUUCUUUUGCCGUUAUAGCAUCAGUCAUAGCUCCUGAGUUAGAUUCUUUAUUUCCAGAAAAUUGUGGUGUUAAAAUUAUUGCUGAACCAGGAAGAUAUUUUGCUGCAUCACCAUCAUCAGUUACAGUUAAUGUUAUAGCUAAAUCAAAAGUUUUAGCAUCAAGAAUUACAAAAAAUAGUGAUGAUAAUGGUAAGGAUGGAUAUAUGUAUUACAUUAAUGAUGGUGUUUAUGGUUCAUUUAAUUGUAUCCUUUUUGAUCAUGAACAUUGUUAUGGAUUUCCUCUUUUUGAACGUGAAGGUGAACCAACAUUUCCAACAACUAUAUGGGGACCAACAUGUGAUUCUCUUGAUCAAGUUGAAGAACUUACCUAUUUAAGAGAACUUCAGGAGGGUGAUUGGAUUCAUUAUUCAGCAAUGGGAGCCUACACAACUGCUGCUGCAUCUACUUUUAAUGGAUUUUGUAAACCAAAGACAUACUAUGUAAUUAGUGAAUCAUCAUGGGAAUUGUUGUGUAAAGCAAUUUAA